AUGGCGGGAAUCCUCGAUCAGCCGCCUUUCCGGACUGUUAUCGCCACAAAUGCCAUCCUGGUUGCCAUCGGGGCUGCACAGCUCCACCACCGGCCCAGGUCUCCAGCAUCCAAAACCUCCGAAGCUGGAACCCUACUCAGUCACUGGCCCCAUUGUAUCUCUCCUUAUGGGCAGUUACCUGGGCUUCAACUCGGCCAUGGCUCCGAACCCGCCCCACAGCACAGACCUGCGAACAGGCUGCCAAACUGGGAUCCUGCCAAUCCCACCACAUGGCUGGUUAAUGAGGCUUGGAGGCGCUUUCCCAUGAAGAGGUCCCACAAUUCCAUGAUGGGGCCUCUUCCCUCAGAAUGGGGGGAAAGUUACUUAAAGCGGAGUAUUUGGUUUCUUCGGCACCCAAGGGGAAUUCGGAGCCCAGUAACCGUUGAGCUCACUCCUCCUGACCGGAGAGUGCCUCCUUCCAUUUCUUGGGCAGAUGUAGUCAGCUCUGCGGGGCCCUCAUCCUCUGAGAAGGCCCGAGACCCGUGUGCAAAGGAGACAGUGCUGAGGGCCCUCAGAGAGUGCAGAAAGGGGAGAGUGAGGUUGGAAGAACAACUAUUCCCUUAGAACUUGGACAGGAAGAGGAAGAGUCCAGAGACCAGACUAUCUGCAUUUAAGCCCCUGAUGAAAACUGGAGCCCUCGCUUCAUUUGUGCCCAGGCCUGGGCCUCUGGAGAGAAGCCUCCUCUGGAGCUCAGACCACAGCUUGACUAAGAGGCCCAGUUGCUCCUCUAUGAGUUCCUUGGCCAGCGUACACACAGGUGGCCCCCUCAGCUCCAAAAGGAAUGCUAUUACCAGCUGUUACAGCUCUUCCAGAAAUUUCUCAGAGCCUUAAAAAAGAAGUGUUCUCAGUGCAUCAUGCCAGAUACCAGAGUGACCAGUAAAAAAGAAAGAAAAGAGUCACUGUCACUCUCUAAUCCCUCUAGUAUUAGACAGUGAGUCCCCAGGAACAUCUGAAAGUUCUGGAAAGCAAAAUCAGAAGAUUUCGCUGCUGCUGUCUAGCCCUGGGAACUUGCUUUCUGUGACUCCUCCUUCCCAACGUGGUUAUGCAGUCCCCGAAGAAGCUCUGACCUUGGGGAAGAAAGCUAGGGUACAAUGGAGCAACAAAGCCAGAAAAGAAACAACUGAGGCCACCACAGACCCUGUCCCUGAGACUUCGCCUGCUAUUCAUACUUCCAUGUCUCUUACUCAGCCUCCUUCAGUGACGGCUCUAACCAAGAGUACUAAUGCUCAGUUGGAAAACUUAAAGAAAAUGAAGUCUCCAGGUCCACUGACCUCCCCACAGUCUCCUGGAGACGCAACCAGUAUGGCCCAUUCACCUCUGAAGACACCCAGCCUACUGACCCCACAUGAGUGCUCAGAGCUCCUUCCAAGCAUUUCUCCAGACUCAAAGUCCACAGCUACUUUCAUCCUGCUGACCACCACCUCCCCCACAUUAGCAGUCACUGACAUCGUUCGGCCACCUUCAACCUCUCAGGCUGACAGGUCUGCCAUGCCCCCAGACUCACCUGCCACUACCCCUGCAGGACCCAACGUGCAAAGUACUUUGUUUGGAAUGAGUAGCCUAACUCACCAUCUUCCUGCAUCUGCACUUCCCUCUGCAACUUCUGCUCACCCCAUGUUACGACCCAUUUUGCUCUUGCUUAAUUGCUCUAACUAGAACUUCCAGUACAAUGUUUAAUGGCAGUGGUGAACAUAGAUAUCCUUGCCUUGUUGCUGAUCUUAGGAGGAAAGACUUCAGUCUUUAACCAUUGACUAUGAUGCUGUGGAUUUUUCAUGAAUGUCCAUUAUCAUAUUAAGAAAAUUCCUUUUUAUUCCUAGUUUUCUGAGCAGUUUU